CUAUUCCCAGCAAUUUACUGCGGGCAGGAGUUUGGGAAUGGGCCAAUCCCCAAUUACACCUAUACGUCUAUGUUUUAUGGUGGGUUGCCACGCAAUGCUUCCCCUCCGUGGAGACCUGAUGAUAAAGAUGGUCAUUACGUGUUCGGAAUCGGAGAAAAUUUAACCCCUCGAUACAGAAUUCUCAGCAAAAUGGGAGAGGGAACUUUUGGGCAAGUGUUGGAGUGUAUUGACAAUGAAAAGAAAGAGGUUGUGGCAAUCAAAAUUGUCCGCUCCAUACAUAAGUAUCGUGAAGCUGCUAUGAUUGAAAUUGAUGUCCUACAAAGGCUUGGAAGGCAUGAUAUUGGUGGCACUCGUUGUGUGCAAAUACGGAAUUGGUUUGACUAUCGUAAUCAUAUUUGUAUUGUAUUUGAGAAGCUUGGACCUAGCUUAUACGAUUUUCUUCGCAAAAACAGCUACCGUUCAUUUCCCAUUGAUCUUGUUCGGGAGCUUGGCAGACAACUUUUGGAGUCUGUAGCAUUUAUGCAUGAUUUACGCCUUAUACAUACUGAUCUGAAGCCAGAAAAUAUUCUGCUUGUUUCAUCUGACUACAUCAAAGUGCCAGACUAUAAGUUUCUAUCACGGUCGACUAAAGAGGGUUCCUAUUUCAAGAAUCUGCCCAAGUCAAGUGCCAUUAAGCUCAUUGAUUUUGGGAGUACAACAUUUGAACAUCAGGAUCACAGCUAUGUGGUGUCAACACGCCAUUAUCGUGCACCGGAGGUUAUUUUGGGUCUUGGAUGGAACUAUCCGUGUGAUAUCUGGAGUGUGGGUUGCAUACUUGUUGAACUUUGCUCUGGUGAGGCCCUAUUUCAAACGCAUGAGAACUUGGAGCAUCUUGCCAUGAUGGAGAGGGUUUUG